AUGGACUCCUGGCAUCGCAAUGUUCGUCUAUUGCAUCAAAUUGACGAGUUUCUCGACGUUGAUUCCGCCCAACCGCAUUAUGUCGCCGACUUCAUUGCCCUUAUAAAUGCGGUUUGCGAGGGUCUCUACCAGGUUGACGAGGACAUCCAAAUCCCCGACUCGCAAAUCAACCUUCAUUUUCUCACAAAGUUGAAGUCGCUUCCUGAGUGGAGAGAAUGGGCGAUGGCUAUGCUGCGAGAUAGUCGAAUCAAUGCUUCCAAUCUGACCGAUUGCAUGUCUUUUCGGGAGCUCGCGGAUCUGGCGCUUAAGCAGGAACGAUUACUCCUCCAAGAGCGUCAGAUUAAGCGGAGAAGCGGCUCGAAUGGAAAGGAGUAUAACACCCAGUCAGGGGAGCCAGCGACACCUCGAGCGCUCACGCAGAACGAUAUCAACACCUUCGUCGUUCAAGAGAUGCGCAAUCAGCGAGCAUCACGGCGCCUCAGUCAAGUGACCAGUCACAGCGCUCGUGGACACACUAAACGCCCCAGUCAGGAGGAGAUCAAUGAAUAUGUCAUCCGGCAGAUGCGUCGAGAGCAAGAGCAGACGGCAAGAGUACGCAGCUACAGCCAGCCAGCGAAACAUAGUCGGAAUCAACCACAUUCAAAACCGGCAACAGCGCGCUGUAACUUCUGCGGCGAUACGUAUCACCCAUCGACCAAUUGCUGGCGCCGGUGGCGAGUGGCUGCCGAGGCACUUCAGGGCAAUGCUACUCCCAAGUUCGUUGAAUCUCGUAGCGGGCUACCUACUCAACCACAGAUUCAUGUCUCUGGAUUUACGCCUUUCUAG